GCAUGCGCCUUUACACUUCACAGGAAAAAGAAAGUCAUGCUAGCAUGUUGCAGCUGAUCUUCAUCAUAUCUCAGGAUUCUUUCAACAUGCACAGGAAUCAAUAUUAUAAUCUAAGCUAAGAUUUGAAUAUUUCUUUAUUGUCUUUUGAAUUUUUCAUCAGAAAGACAAAGUCAUUGGCAUGUAUUCUGUGUUUGUACAAGUCAAGGCAUCUUCCUGUCCCUUUCUCCGCCAUAAUCAAACUUGGUAACGUGCCAAAGUCAUGGCUGAAAUUUUAAAAAGCAGUUGGAGGAAGAUGAAGAAGACCAGUCACUAUAACCAGGCACAAGCUUUUGAAUCCCUUGUCCUUCCCAGACAGCCAGAAGGGCACUUAUGCUUUUCUUCCAAAGCUUAAUUCUCCACCGCAGAGUAAAGAUAGAGACUGAAAAGAUAACUCCACCCUCCAUAGCGUUGAAUACUCUCGUUACAAAUUCAAAGAAUGAUUUCUAACAAGCUUGAAGCUGGCACCGAUUAUGAAAGUGUUGGUUCUGCGGAGUCUGAGAUGGCAUCAAUAACCAAGGACUCGUCUUGUUUUGGGGACAACAGUGACAGAGGAGGAAAGGAGCCAAAGAAGAAACUGAAGAAGCUGAGGUCAAUCAAGUUCUCAAGAUUUCCAAGCUUAAGAUCAUCCAAGAGAUUGAUGAAAUCUCGAAAUAAUCACCUUCUCAUUACCUUACCUGCUAAUCCAUCAAGCUCGGGACAGUCCACUCCAAAUAAGAUGUCAGAUGUGUCCCCAUGUUAUAUGAAGGCCACAAGCAGUUCAGAUGCAAGGAAGGGAAGUUUUCAGAAUCCAAUGACAACCUCGGCAAGGAGAUCGAGUUUAAAGCCUGAGAAGAGUUUGACAAGAAUGGCUAGUUUGAAAUUCAAGAGGACUUUCAUGAGUAAAAGCUCUGGAGGGACUGAGGUGCAGAGGAAAGCACAGAGGUCAAGAUCAAUCAGACAGGAAAAAUUGGAGGGGCGACGUCCUUCCACAAGAAGCUUCAAAUUCCGGUAUCAGGCAAGAUCCCGUAAUUAUGAAUCCAGUUUUAGCAGCAGUUAUCAAAAUAGCAAAAAAUCAUGUGUUUCAAAGCCGAAAUCUACUUUGUCUAGUAACAAAUCUGUGAGAGUUGUAACUAGAGCAUCAAGUUUGAGACCUGUGAGAGUCUUAACAAAAAUGGGUACUUUCAAAUCUAAGAAGUCUUCCACGGAAAAAUGUUGUCAAAUAUGUCAAUCUCCUAACUCAAGCAUGCAUAAAGCUACCUGUUCUUCAAUUCUCAAGGAUUCCAAAUUCCCUAGCUCCUUAGAGCUCGAGCUUCAGCCUGGUGAACAUGAAUCUGCAGGAACUUCAGUCAUGAAGGUUUGUACUUAUACUUAUUGCUCCCUUCAUGGCCAUCACCAUAAUGCUGCACCUCCAUUGAGGCGCUUCAUUUCCAUGAGGCGGCGAUUGCCGAAGACCCAAAAGAGCAUGAAACGGCAGUGUCAAUUUUCUAACGGCAAACGUUCUGGAAAUAGGAAGAACGAACUUCAGGCAAACCAAAUGCUCAAUAAUGGAGAUCUUGCAGUUGCUAAUGCCACCAGAGCAAUCUCUCCUGUCAAACAAAAAGAAGGCAGGGACUUGUUUGUAAAAAUCCAAGCUGAAGAUCCAAAGGGCAUGGCAAAUGGAGUAGGCGCAUCAGGUGGAGAAGAUGAAAAUCUCUGUGAUUUGGAAUAUCAGGGUGAGAUGCUGCUUAGUGACACUACGCACUCAAAUAUGUCUGAAGCCACUCAUGAAGACAGAAAAGAAGAGAAAAUUGGUACAUCCAACAAUGGAGAGGCGGAGGCUAAUUCCAUUCUCACUGACAAAACUAGAAGACCAACCGAUGAUGAAUUUCUAGAACUAUCAGGAAGUAACAGCAUUGGCUCUUCUGAUUUUGAUCUGGAGUCAUUGGAGGAAAAAAUCACAGGCAAUGAAGAAAAGAAAGGAGAAUUGGAGCCAGAACAUGAACUUUUUCACAAGAUCUCUACCCAAAGUGACUCCAUGCCCAAUAGGAUCAAUGAUGCAAAACACAAAAUGCAGUUUAAAAAUCAAAAGUACAUCGGAAUGUGGCACCUGAUGUAUAAGCAUGCAGUAGUUGGUAUCAACAGAAAAGUUGGAAACCAGCUUCCUCUAGAGGAAUUGAAGGAUGAAGAACAAGUGAAGGAUACCAACAACUUGCUUGGAACUAACCACUGCAGUUCUUCUGAGGGCUUUUCUGAGAUAGGUAAGGGCACAUCCAGGGAAAGUCAUGAUCCUGACAACCAAAAGAAUGAGAUCAGGCAGAACGAAGCCAUUAAGCUGGUACAAAAAGCAUUUGAUGAUAUCCUUCUCCGAGACUUUCAAGACUACCCAAUGGAUGAUGCAUCAAUUAGUAGUAGCAUAAGUUCAGAUCGGGAACUCUUCGAAAAGAGUAAUGGAGAGGGCCGGGAAUGGAGCAUCUCAGCCUCAUAUGAGCCAGCUAAAGAUAGCAUGGUACAAAAUCCAGAAACAACAUGGCUCAAAGCUGAUAGCAUUAGCACUCCCAAAGAAGAGAGAAGUGCAUCAAACGUGAGAAAUGAAUCCGACCAGAAAGCACCCAAGAGCUGGAGCUACUUGAAAAAGCUAAUUCUCUUCAAUAGAUUUUUCAAGGCAUUGGAGAAGGUGAAAAAUUUCAACUCCCGGGGGCCACGAUAUCUGUCCUUGAAGCCUGGCCCAGAAGCAGAAAAAGUCCAUUUGAGGCACCAGACAACAGACGAGAGAAAAAGCACCGAGGAAUGGAUGCUUGAUAAUGCACUUCAACAGGUCAUUUCUAAACUAGCUCCAGCUCAAAAACGAAAAGUAGCUCUUCUUGUCGAAGCUUUUGAGUCAGUUCUUCCACUGUCAGAAGUUGAAACCAGUCAAAGGUCCAAUUCUGCAGUUUGCACUCGAGCCAAUCCCAUUCAAGCCUGCAUCUGUGAUGGUUCCUCAACUCAAAGUGGAGGAGAAACAAGUCAAGAAAGUAACUAUGAAGAGUUUACUGAAAUUUUGAUUGGGAAAACAUCAUUUCAUGAGAAAAAUUUCAAAGCUUACCCAGACCAAGUCGGUGAUUUUCUCAGGGACAAACAGAUCCCUCCAAUGAAAUUUUCCGAGCUCAGAGAAACAAGUUCGGAUUGUUGUUGCAUUAAAACAGCACAGGAAAUAACUGCCUCUCAAGACACUGAUGAAGAAUCGAAGGAAAAGCAAAUUUCCGCCAUCAAUCUUGAUAAGGUGGACAAUAAAUUCCUUCUUGCUGAUGGUCAACCUGAUUCCAUCAUUAGUUGUUCACCAGAGAUCAAAGAUCCCAGCUCAGGUAAUAAAUUCUCCUCAAAGCCCGAGGACAUUGUAAGCACCUGUCAUGAAGAAGUUGGAGAGAAUUGGAAAGUCUCCAAAGAAAUAACUUUAAGUUCAGAAUUCUACAACGGUGGUUCAGAAUCAGAGGGCAGAGAUUCAGGGAUGCAUAUAUUAAUCAGUGAACCUUGCCAAUUGAAGGAACGGAUAAAAGCCGAAGAAGAAGGAAAUGGAAGAACUGAGCUAGAAUCUAUAUCCCUUCCAGAAGUUUCUUCAUUUGAAGAAUUUAAGCCUGAUUGCACCAUUGAUGUAGCAAAUGAGGCCCGGUUUGAAAAAAAGAGAAACGUGAGGCUGUGGUACUUGGUGUAUAAGCACAUGGUGUCGAGUAUUGCAGCAACAGAUGGAGCCAAGCCACAUUUUGGUGAAGCAGGUGAAGAAGAACAAUUGGAUGAUGCCAACUCAUUGCCAGAAACAAGCACUUCUAGUUCUGGCCAAGAUUCCUCAGAAAUGGAUCAAGAAACAGAUAGGUAUAAUGAGGCAGAUGAGCAAAAGGUUGAACUCCACCGUAUUGAAGCCAUUAAGCUGGUAGAAGAAGCAAUUGAUGAAAUCAGUCUUCCAGAAAUACAGGACCUCUCACCUAAUGAUCUAAUGAGCACUAGUGACAUGAUUCCAGCUGAGGGACUCUCAGAAGAGAAAACUGGUGAGGGAGGGGAACCAUUCAUCUCUAAUUACAAAGACGGCUUCACAGAGUCCCACAAAAAAUAUCCAGGAGAAAAAUGGCUCAAAUAUGGUAAGAUCAGUACCCAAGAAGAAGAUAAAGCAGCAAUGAACGUGGGAAAAAAGUCGAACAAGGAAAUGCCAAGGAACUGGAGCACUCUGAAAAAGUGGAUCUUGCUUAAAAGAUUCAUCAAGGCAUUGGAAAAGGUAGGGAAAUUUAAUGCACGGGAGCCACGUUAUCUGCCUUUGGAGCCCAACACAGAAAGAGAAAAAGUUCAUUUGAGGCAUCAGGGCAUGGAUCAGAGAAAAAAUGGUGAGGAAUGGAUGCUUGAUUAUGCACUUCAACAAGUUGUUGCAAGAUUAACACCGGCACGGAAAAGAAAAGUGGAGCUGCUUGUUCAAGCUUUCGAAACAGUCAUCCCAACCAUUGGAAGAUGAAAGAAAAGAUGCAGCAGCUUCCAAUAAUGCAAAACGGUGUUCAAUCCAUACGUCACUAAGGUAAGGCGAUAAAAAAGCAGCUAUUUUGAAAUGGUCACUGGAGAUGGCUCUGUAGCACCACUCUUAGAGGAAAUUUUCCCAGAGACGACCGUUUGGCUGAACAACUAAACUGUUAUUCAUUCUAUCAUUUAGUACAUAAACCAUGUAGAUGCAAGUUAUGAGUUAAUGAAGAUUGUAAGGUGCAUACACUUCUUGUAUGAUUUCAAGGCUUAUUUGAGGCCAAAAGGUUGUGAAAAAUGAAGAGAAGUUAUUAUUA